GGCUUGCUGAACCGCUGCGGCACCCUGUGUCCUCAGGUACCGCGCGACCGGAAGCGGCAUCAGCUACGUGGGCGGCACGCUGGUCUCGUUCAUCUUUCCUUCACUGCUGGUACACAUGCACGAGCAGUACGGGCUUCGUGGAACGCUGCUCAUCGUGGGUGGACUCACGCUGAACGCCGUGGCUGGAUCGCUGCUCGUCGCCAAGCCAGGUGAAGCGCUUCUCAGGCGAUCACCGCGGCGCCAGCCAGAACGAGAGACCGGCGCCAAGCUCCUUAAUCAGGCAGGCCGGACCGAAGCUCGGCGGAGUGAUGAGCUGAGCUUCUUGCGGCGACCGAUCUACUACGUGAUCGUUUUCACGGGCGUCGUGUUCGCCUACAACCUCGUCAUGUUCAGUGUGACGGUCGUGGACCACGCCAUGGGCCAGGGCCUCUCCAAGCUGCAGGCCGCUUUACUUCUCUCGUGCUACGGCGCCGGAGAGUUCGUAGGACGCAUAUCUUCUGGCAUCAUCACGGACAAGAAGCUGUGCCACAGGAGGGACAUCAUGGCCGUGGGCUUCUUGCUGUACUCACUCUCCCUGCUGGCGCUAAUCCACGGGGACUCCGUCGUCCUACUGGGGGCCGCCAGCGUGCUGUUUGGUCUGACUGGCGGCUGCAUCAUGAUCCUCUUCUCCGUACUUAUCGUGGAGUAUUUCGGCCUCAAGAAGCUGCCCAUGGCCAUCGGUAUACACUGCCUCAUUAACGGCCUGUCAGCGCUUCCGAGACCACUCCUAAUAGGUUACUACAGAGACCAGGGUUCAUCUUACGCCGGCAUGUACCUGCUGCUUGCGAUCAUCUCGCUGGCAACGAGCCUGCUCUGGGCUAUCGAGUGCUUUGUCAAGUGGCGCGCCCAGAAGGCGACUGCGCAUAUCAGUCAGAAGGCUGCCUCGGUAAAUGAGAAGACUGCCACGGAAACAUAGUCGUGGUGUGGUUUUUCAGCAGCAUAAUAUGCGCGUUCUGUGUGACAUCAAGUACAAGUGCCGCAACGUGCAUCUCCACACGUUUGCCCGUGACUGCACCAAUGACUGCUUCUGCCAUGAACUGUUACCUCCGACGAAUUUCUUCGUUAGAGCGUGUCGAAUACACGGCAGAAGUACCCGUGACUUGCAUUCAUGUAGCACAUGAAAGGAAGACCAGAAGCAAAAACCUCUUUACUUUGAGCUCUUCCUCUGCCUUCUUUUUGUUGUCCGUCCGUACACCGCUAAUCUGACACUGAUGUUCUCGUGUCAGGCCGAGUGACUCUAAGAGGAAUGAUAUUAGGCACCGAUUGCUAUCACUGAGACUUCCCAGCGACAUUCACAAAUUAUAUCGUCACCGCGCCUCGUUUAUAUAUUUCCCCAGAAUUGUUAGUCGUCACGAACUUCUUGCCAACGAUGAAAUUAAGAAGGGGUUGAAACAUUGUCGCUUUAAACGUAAUGUCAUACUUUGAACAUUCAGUUAAACCAUACGGACCUGAUAGAUGGUUAGGAGCAUUCUUAUACGUAUCAUCUGUUGCUAAAACGAAAGAGGACACACUUGACGAACGCCCAACUAAACGAUUUCUUCGUUUG